CCCGACAGUUCUCCCAAAACCUCCAAAAACCCGAUCAUGCAGCUAAUAAUCCCCCAAAAGCCUCAAAACUGAAAGUAAAAAAAUAAAUCCACCGUAAAAUCUCAAAAUUUCCUCAAGCCUCGAGUGCAUCCCCGGCGUUUCGCCCCUCCACACACCUGUCCUGUCUCCCAGUGCCUCGAUACCUAUCUAGGUGUUCCUUUCAUCGCGCCUGAACACUCCGACAAAGCCCAGAGUAAUCGCAACCCUGAGGAGCAAAGUGAGAGAAACAAUUCCAAAACCAAAGUGACUGGAGACCCUGGGGCGUAGUGUUGGGAAUUUAUAAUUGCUCGUACGUGUCUCGUGGAUCCUCGAUAUGAAUAUCAUAGUGACACGUUGGUGGACGACACUCGAGUGGUUGUGAUGAUAAAAAUAGCUGUCAGGAUCGAAAGGAGCAGCAGAUGCCCCAGUGAAGGAUUCAGCUGUUGAAGAUUUUUUUCUAUUUAUGAUUCACGAUUUUUUGUGGUGAUUAGGAGUGAAUAUGUGGCUCAGAGUGCUGACGAGCUGAGACAAUCGAUGGACGCGGCCAUGUUCUCUGGUAGCAGAAAUUUUCCCCAUUAGUAUUUAUUAUUUUUUUACGUUUUUUUACUGCUAGAGCGACCAGAAGUGCAUUUUUGGGGGUUUUGCAUUGUGAAAACGGGGGCUUGGUGAGGUGGUAAACAGCAUAAUGCCGGUAUGCAACGUGAAGACGAAAUGUCUGCCAGCAACAUUUGCCUGGAGCCUUCUACUCAUCACUACGACACUUUAUUUCUAUUAUCCGUGCCAAUACUACAUAUUCCAGUAUCCAUGGGUCCCAGCACUCCAGGGAGUCAUUACCUUCCUCGUACUCACCAAUUUUGGGCUCGCCACGUUUAUGGAUCCUGGUGUCAUACCAAAAGCACCUCCAGAUGAAGACAGAGAAGAUGAGUUUCGUGCUCCGCUCUUCAAGAACGUCGAAAUCAAUGGGAUAACUGUUCGCAUGAAGUGGUGUGUCACGUGCAAAUUCUACAGGCCACCCAGAUGCUCACACUGCAGCGCCUGUGACCAUUGCAUCGAGACCUUUGAUCAUCAUUGCCCAUGGGUCAACAACUGCGUGGGGAGGAGAAACUACAGAUACUUUUUCUAUUUCCUAUUAUCACUGAGCUGCCACAUGCUCAGUAUUUUUGGAUUGUGUCUGUACUUCGUGCUACAGCACAAACAGAAACUGGGGGAGGUCGACACUACAGUGGCGAUGGUGCUGAUGGGAGUGGUUACCCUGCUGUUCUUCCCCAUUUGUGGAUUAACAGGUUUUCACGUGGUGCUUAUAUUUAGAGGUAGAACGACGAAUGAACAGGUCACGGGUAAAUUCAAUGGCGGGUACAAUCCAUUCUCACGUGGGUGCGUUCGUAAUUGCUGCUACACACACUUUGGACCACGAUAUCCUAGUUUAAUGAAGCCUGAAAAGUACUUGGGAAAGCGUCGUGGAGCGUGUGCAUCAGAGAUGUCCCCAACAGACAGCGAGAACCAGGUAAAAACCUACAUGGAUAGCAGCAAUGGUGUUAGAAAUGCCAGUUCAAAUGCUUACAAUAAGUUGUCGCCCAGGAGGGACGGCUCGGACACUGACAUGGAGCCAACGGCCUCGCAGUCGGCCGAUUGCGAGCCGACUCCACCACUACAGAGACACGGAUCAAAGAGCAAUUUCUUCCUGCCACCGGUUGAGACCACUGACUCACCGAGACAUCCAUUACCACAGAAUCAUCAUCCUAUUCAUUAUCCCAGGGGUAGUCCACAUCCAAGGCCGAGGGGCAUGAAUGGUUCCCGAAGCCAUACCCCCGACGUUCUCUCACCCGAGGGGGCAGGAGGAUCGUGUGGACUUCAGAGAGGUCAGGGACAGGUUGGAGGUGGUGCUAGUCCAACGAUGCAGCAACGGAUAAAAGCUAUAGGUGUACCAACACCACUUGCCAUUUCCAGUAAUAUUCGCAGGUCAAACCCGGGCACCCCGACGCAGGUACGUCGGCCGGACUACAUAGGCGUGACGGAGACCCCGACCUACUACGACGUGCAGCACCACAACAACCUGCCAGUGGGUCCAAACGGCUCAGGUGUGCCGGGCUACAGUCCCCAGCGUCGUUUUCUCUCCGAAAGUGAAUUGAUCCGCAGCAAUGAUCACCACUACGCUCGCACCAACAACACUGUUGACAACAUUCGCGAGCUAGCAGGUUCACCACAACGAGGUGUCUACAUGUGGAAGGAUCACUCGCCCUCGGCAUAUCCGAGUGUCCAGGUGCCCCAUCCCACUCUCACCUCGAUGCAGAGACCACCACCGUACGAGUACUACUGCUCCAAUCCCACCAGUCCCACUCAGCAGCCCUACAAUCCUCCCAGGGCGGCUUAUCAUCCAGCCACACGGGGUGGAGUACCGGUUUUUCCCCCUCACCAGUCGCCACAGGUCAAACGCAAGACCAUGGCAACACCCACCACACCGACCUCCAACGACGCCAGGCGCAGGCCCAUGUCCUUCGUCAGGGCUCUCGAAAUGACUGACUCCAUGGAGAGGGUGGCUGUACCUGGCGGGGACAGCAGGAGCAACCAGAGACCGACUACUCCCACGCCCGACAGGGGCAGUGUCUACGAUAUGAACUAUGAGAUUUCGGUAUAGCGGUCUAGGAGGUGGAGAUAUCCAGGCGGCGAGGUGGCUGUGUGAGAGGGCUUGGGACGUUUUUUGCUAUUUUUGGCUCUUCCAGUUUUUUCGGGCUCUUGAGGGCCAGAUGAUGACCGGGUGGGGAUUCGGGGGAGGUGAGAGGCGAAUUAUUUUUUUGAUUUUUACUUUUUUUGACGUUUGGGUCUCGGGAUCUAAGGGAGACAGAAAAUUUAAGGGAAUUUUGAUAUCAAUGGUUAAAUUUUUUUUUUCUAUGAUAUCUCUGUAAAUUUCUCAAUAUUCAAGCGAAAAAGAGAGUUUUUCAGAGAAAGUUUGAGAAGAGAAUGAUGAGGUGAAAAAAAUUUCUUCUAAAAAAUUUUGAUAUCUCAAUUAGGUCCUGAAAUAUAAUGGUAAGAAGAAUUAAAUCAAUCAAGAAUGCAUCUUUACUGUACCAUCUCAAUAUUUACCUCAACGUACCGACAAAAUUACAAAUUGAAAAUUGAUAAAAUCAGAAUCAUAAUGAUUCCAAUGAUUGGCUAAUUCUUCUUUUAUUUUGUAAUUUAUGUCUCGUGAUCUAAGGGAGACGGAAAAUUUAAGAGAAUUUUGAUAUCAACGGUUAAAAUUUUUUUUUUCUGUUCAUGACAUCUUCAUAAAUAUCUCAAUAUUCAAGCGACAAAGAGAGUUUUUCAGAGAAACUUUGAGAAGAAAAUGAUGGGGUGAAAAAAAAGUUUCUUCUCAAAAAUUCGACAUCUCGAUUAGAUCCUGAGAUAUAAUAAAAACAGAAAUUAAGCCAAUCAAUCAUGCAUCUUGGCUCUCCCACCUCAAUAUUUACCUCAACAUCCCGACAAAAUUAUAAAUUGAAAACUGAUAAAAUCAUAACACAGGGACCUCUUUUUAUCGCCCAGAUUAAUGACUAUUGACAAUUGUUGAGUAUUGUCACGUCUGUAGUUAGCAAUAUUUUUAAAUUUAGUUAAUCGUUAUAACGAGAACAACACAUGCUACUGUGGCAGCCGAACAAUUAAUUAAAACCACUGUAUGGUAUUACGAUGGUUAUUAAGUUGAUGAGAAUGAUGAAAAAUGUCCAAAUACCUUAAUAGUAGACGAUGAGAAUGAGAGAUAUGUAUCUACUAGCAUCACCCGUUUUUUAGUACACGUUAAGGUCAGUUUAGAUUUUUAUAUAGGGUCACGUGACUUGAGAGUACACGCUGCUUACAUCGACGUAUCUUUAUUUUUUUUUCUGCAAAAUUAUUGUUUUUUGUGGUAACACGUCAUUAACAAGAAUUUUCGUUUCUCAUUUUUCUAUUUUUUUAAUUAUUUCUGUAAUGAGUGCUUUUAGAGAAAAAAGUCAUAAGAUCUUUUUUGUAGAGGUAAAGAUUUCCUACAAAAAAUAUUUUAUGACAUUUUCCCCUGGAACCACUCAUUAGCGAGAUAAUUACACCUUUAAUGAGAUGCGAAAAAUCAGCUGUUCUAUUACGUUUUACCACUUCAUUCCCAAAUUAAUCCGUUGCUUUAUUUUUUUUUCUCGAUAUUAUCUGAAUAUUCAUAAAAAUGAAACAACUGAAGUAAUUUCACAAUUCCAUAUUUAAUCCCGUUGAAUUAUUGUUUCCGUUAAUUACAUUUUGUUCAUUUUUACGAGAUGAAACAAUUUUUUUUUAUUUAUUAUUUUUCUUAUUUCAAAACACGCGAAAAUGAUGACUAUGUGGGUGAAUAUUUAAUCAAAGAGGAGGAACAAAACGAGUGGGAGAAUUAAAAAACAUUUGUGCGAGUGUGCGCGUGCGUGGGAAGGGGGGGAGAGAAUAUUGUCCAUUUGAAAAAAAAACAUAAGCAAAUGUAAAAGAGUUACUUAAUCAACUCGAGUCAUUGUCAAGGCUAGGAUUAACGGGGAAACGAAUUUUUUGUGUAUAAAUAAUUGUCAAAUGUGUAGCAAACAAAAUUUCUAAUACAUAUUUAACGAUAUUGAAGCGUCAAAUUGAGGUGGUGAAGGGUGAAAUUAUUAUUUCUCAUUGAAUGUGUACAAUUUAAAAAAUAUCUACAAUUUUUCAGUCAUGUUUGUGUUGUGAAUAGACGUCGCGAUGGGUUUGAAGAAGGUGAUUGUUGUCGUCACAUUUCUGAGAUUAUUUUUUUGUUAUUCCACAGGUGCAAUUGCACCCAAUCGAAUUUGAGAGAAAUAUUCAGCAAAAAGGAUGUUUAAAUGGUUUCAAUUCACUACUUAAUUAUCGACUCCGAAAAGAACAAUUUCAGAAAGAGAAAUUGAGGAAAAGAUGAGAAAAAAUUAAUUUCCCGUGCAAUCCCCUUCUUCAGCCCCAAUCAGUCAAUGAAAACUAUUAUUUUUUUAUCUACUGAUGAGUGUGAAGAGUAUGAGUGUAAGGUAAGUGCGUCUGUUAAUCUAAAAAUGCGAGAUGAAACACUCCAAUUAUGUGAAAGUAUAAAAAAUGAAACAAAAUACAGUGAAUUUUUUCCCCUGUGAAUGAACUUUUGUUAAUAAAGUGACUAGAUAACGUGAGAACAGUGAAUGGAAUGUAAUAUACGAAUUCUACGGUUACAAGUCCACAAAGAGUUGAGUAAUGCAUAAUUUUUCCUUUCCCUGAGUACUCUGGAUUCAUUGUAAAAAGGGAGCUCACAAAAAUUGUACCAAAUUUGUGUUCUGUAUCACAAAAAUAAUGUCAAUAAGGUAAAGAAAUCAUUAAACCCAUUUUGAAAAUAA